AUGAGCACCAUCCUCUUUUCCCAUGAGCGCAAUGUAAAUCACAUUGACAAUUGUCAAGUUUGGCGAGAAUUAGAAGUUCGUCUACGUGAAAAUAAAACCAUUGACGCCAUGCACCAAAAGAAAAUUAAACAACAGGAGAGCUAUUGGAAACAAAUUUUACAUCGUUUAAUAGCCUUGGUGAGAACUCUGGGUGGACAAAACUUGGCCUUUCGCGGUUCAAAGGAUAAAUUAUAUGACCAUAAUAACGGCAACUAUUUAAAAUUUAUUGAAUAUCUUGCAUUAUUCGAUCCAGUCAUGAAUGAACAUUUGCAAAAAGUUAAAGAUGCUAAAUUAUUUGUUCAUUAUCUCGGCAAGGAUAUUCAGAAUGAACUUAUACAACUGCUAUCACGAGCUAUAAGAGCAAAAAUUUUGAAUAGUGCUAAAUUAGCCAAAUAUUAUUCAAUCAUAUUGGAUUGUACUCCUGACAUCAGUCAUACGGAACAAAUGACAAUUAUAAUAAGAUUUGUUGAUGUAAUGGAUGAAGAAACACAACAACCUGACGUGGUCAUACGGGAGCAUUUUCUUGGGUUUGUGCCACUACAAGAAACAACAGGUGCUUUCAUAUCAAAAACAAUCGUGGAUGAACUCGAACAAAUGGGAUUACAAAUUGAUAACUUACGAGGGCAAGGAUACGAUAACGGAAGCAACAUGAAGGGCAAAAUAAAUGGAGUUCAACGAAAAAUCAUUGAAAAAAACCCACGCGCAUUCUUUGUUCCAUGCAAUGCCCAUUCCUUGAAUUUAGUGGUGAAUGAUGCUCUGGAAGUUACAAAGAAUUAUCUUGUAAGUUGUCGAUCAGAUGAAAACUUCGAAAAGAAUUUAUCAGAUGCUACACUUCUGGCAAACGAACUCGAUAUUGAUGCAAAUUUUCCUAAUGCACCUAGUAGGCGAAGGAAAAUUAAAAAACAGUUUGAUUAUGAAGCCGAAGGUGUAUCAAUACAAGAUCCCAAACAAAACUAUAAAAUAUCAUUCUAUUAUAUGAUUAUAGAUAAUGCAGUAAAUGCAAUACAGGAAAGAUUUAAUCAAAUGCAAGAGUAUUGUGCUUUAUUUGAGUUUCUUUACGAUAUUUUUAACUUAAAGGAUAAAAACGAAGCUGAUAUUCUUAUGCAAUGCAAAAAGUUUGAAAGUGCCUUAACGCAUAAUUCCUGUAAAGACAUUGAUGGAGAAGACUUAUGCUGGGAACUUCAAAGUGUGUCUCGAAGACUUCCAAAAGUAAUGGGCCCAUCUGAAGUUCUUCUUUUCAUUUUAAGGCAUGAUCUCCAGAAUAGCGUUCCUAAUAUUUACGUCGCGUUAAGGAUUUUAUUAACUCUCCCUGUUUCUGUAGCAAGUGGAGAGCGCAGUUUUUCUAGAUUGAAAUUAAUUAAAACGUACUUGCGCUCAACGAUGACUGAAGAAAGAUUAGUUGGAUUAGCGACAAUAUCAAUAGAGCAAGAACUGGCUUACAAUCUGGACCUCUGUGAAUUAAUUUCAUUAUUUGCACAAGAGAAAGCACGAAAAGUAGCAUUUUAA